AUGGAUGUACCGGAAGCUGAAACAUUGAACGGGAAGGUACAAUUGAGACAAAAGGAACACAGAUUACGCGUUCUUAACCUUGCUAUAAAAUAUCGCAACAGAAAGGUAAGAGUGCUUUUUAAUUUUCUUCCUAUUUUUUUUAUUUUUUAUUUUUCAUCCCAAGAGGAGAGACUUUUUUUUGCCAAGAAAGAGAGACAUUUUAUUCCCGAAAAGAAAGAAUGAAGAACAAAGAACAGAGAAGUGGAGUAAAAAUAAUUAUAUGAUUAAGUUUAGUUUUGUACGAUUACCCAAGUAUUUUGUAAAAGUAGUUUUGGCAUGGAGAGCAAAAACGCUUAACCUUUUUCCGGCUAUCCUUGCGAAUGCAGACGUAUUUCCGGCCGUCGCUUUUCUCACCAACCGAAAAGUACUAGUGGAGAGAAGGGACGACCGGAAAUACGUCAGUGGUCGCAGGCUAUGAUUCACCUGCGAGGUAGAAAAAGCACCAGAAAAGUCUUCUGUCCUCAUAGAUUACAUUGUUACAUUCUUUCUUUUCGCCUUUUAUUUUUGUGCCUUACUGAUGGAGGUUUGGAAGCAGAAUACAAGCCCCGUCCACAAGUAUCCGGAUAUUUUAAAGAAACUGCUACUUUUUCUUUCCAGAUUCAAAAAUUUCCAUGUACACCCGUAUCGGUAUUCAGACACGUAUCCAGAUUCACUCUGGGAAAAUUGGCAACAGAGCAUGCAUUCGUAAACCGCGCAAAAUUUGCAUCUUACAAUUUGCAUCGACGAGUAUAGAGAGAACCAGGCAACGAGGUUGCCAUCUUGAGCAGUAUUCACGGUAAAGAACUGGGCUCGAUCUUUUUACUUCACCGGAUUAAGAAAGUAUCUGGAUUUAACUUAGCGUCCACACGAUUCAAGAUUCAUAGCGUAAUCAAAAAUUUCCACUCAGGAGGGCAGAUUCAAAAAGUUGCAGAUUCGUAUUCCGGGUUCACCGAAUACGUGUGGACGGAGCCUCGAAUGACGUGUACGAGCAUGACCGCCGAACGGGAUAUGCAAUAUUAGUUUGCAAGCCUUUCCUAAAUAGGGUCUUAAUCUUUUGAAAAGAAACAACACAGCAUUUAUUUUCCUUUGUCUGUACAGUCUUUUAUAAAACCGAGGCUGCAUUUCUGUACAGUAGUAUAUUUUUCUAAGUUUCAAUUUUGGGCGCUACUUGAGGGAAAUUGUUACUUUGAUAAACAAUUAAGGGCCUACUACCUACAUCAGUCUAGCGGGUAAUUGAUUUUUAAGUGAGUUCACAGGAAGAAGAUAGAAUUCGAAACAGCGAAAAUGCUGAUAUGUUUAUGUCUUUUAGUUUAUAGCUCAUCCCUACAGCCAAAUUAUGCUGAACGCGAUUGCUUACAAGGGAUCGGGAAAAUGGAAUCAACUGUCCUUCAAAACGAAAUUUCUUCUGAUGAUAUUGUAUACACUUUUCAUGCCACUUUGCAUGCUGGGAUACAUGUUCACUCCUGCCAACCGACUGAGAAAGAAGAUGGAGACUCCUCUGUGCAAGCUCAUGAGCCAAGCGUCUUCUGUCCUGUGGUUCUUGGCUUUGGUGGCAAUGUCGGCCUUCCAAGAUAAAUAUGACUCGUUCCUGCGCUUAUCACCACUAAGUGAGUUCGAAUAAACAUCUAUACUAUUUAAGCAAUAGAAAACGUUUUCUGUGUUUGCAUAGCGUGAUAUAAACACGAGAGGGGUUGGGAGAAUUCGAAACAGUUAUGCAAACCCGAGACGAAGUCGAGGGUUUGCAUAACUGUCGAGAAUUCUCCCUACGCCUCCAGUGUUUAUAUCAGGCUAUGCAAACACAGGGAAAAAGUUUUCUAUUGCUUUUAUAAGGUAACUUUCCCGAGAAAGUCUUGCACGCGUAAUCAGUUCUUGUUUUGCAAAAAGAUGCUUUCCAAAAUACGGAGUUUUCUGGCUUAAAAUCUCAGCUUAAGUGAAAAAAAAUUGACACACUUUCUUGGUAACGAUUUUCCAAGUUUCAGCCAACGAAGGAAUGAGUAAAUAAAGUAAACUUGACGAGUUUUGAACUUGAAAACCUUUUCAAAUUCGUGCUUGCGUGAUUAGCGCGCGAAAAGCAAAACAUCUUGACGCCACAACCAUGUUUACAUACUCUCAUGCAAACACUCCUCUCAGCCAAUCAGAGCGUGCGUGCUAUCUUACUUAUUUUAUAAAAGACAAUUUGUCAUGCUAUUUGCUAUCUUUUUAAGAAGCUAAUUUUUUGUCGCAUCAACUGAAUUCCAAAAAUAGCGGUCCAUUUUUGUCAUUCAGGUUAACACUAGUUUAGUGUAUUUUGCAUUUAAACUGUUUCUCGUCGUCUGUUGCAACAGAUUAAAAGGUUGGACUUGAAAAAGUUCACCAAAAAAAUGUUAUGGUUAGUGCUCCUUGGUGAACUGCUUUGUUUGAUAUCUUCAUAACGCUGAUCAGAAGAAACAUUUUGUGUAUGGGUAAAGGUACUUGUACAAAAACAGCAAUUAAUCCUCGUGUCAAACCCCCUUUAAAAAUCGCUCUUUCUCGUUAGGGAAACGAGAAAGCCGUUAACCAAGGAACCAACGACUCUCUAGAUUUCUCAACAAAGAGCUUUUUUAUUGUAUACUCGCUAAGUAAUCGUGCGCCGGAACACUGACGACUUCGUACAAGUUCGUAGAGCCAAAUAUCCUCAAAUUCUUAUACUCUUCCCUCCUGUUGACAGUUAAUCACAUAAAGUUAUUUCAGUGAAGAGAGCCGAUCUAUGAAGGUGUAAAACAAACUUGGUUUGAAGAUACGUACCGGAGAUGAAUAAUCUUAGUGUUUUCAUAGGGUUUGCAAUCCACUUGCUCUAUAUAAUGCAAUACUUGAAAAGGCAAAGAAGUUUUAGUACUUGCUUAACCCCUCAUUUGCGGAAUGAAUUACGAGAACUAAACGAGACAUAAUAGGACUAACUUGGAAUUAUUACUAAAUGUUCCAUAUUCCAAAACAAAUACGUUCUCUAACUUCCUUUGAGUUAGCUCUGAAUUGGGGUCUUUUUUGUUAAAAAAAACCGCUUCAGAACAUCAUUAGGGUCUAAUUUAGGCCAUCUCGGCUGGUAAUCACUAUUGAUUUUGUUUGGGCCCACAAGCGUGGAUAAGUCCAGAUUAGCUUGGAACAGUUCGCGAUAGAGCUACGUUCGUUCAAAUUAUGCUUAAUGAGUCAAGCAUUUAUGCAGUAGGAAUAGUUAUUCAUUUACUUGAUUUAGUAUUUAUCUAUUAUUAUAGCUGUUAUUAUUGGUAUCUGGGUGGUUGGUAUAAUCGUCCAAGAAAUAAAGCAAGCCAUGUACCAAGGCAUGGAACGAUAUCUCGGUGAGUGGUGGCACCUUGCCGUCAUACCCAUGAUCAUUAGCUACGUUCUUGCUGCUGUACUAUGGAUCGUGGGCUACGCUUCUUUAGCAAGAGAUUCUGAUGAUUGGACUGUGUCUCUUAGCAAGCUAGAAGAUGCCUCUUCAUUGGGCCCGUAUCAUCUCUUGCUGCUAUCAAACAGUUUCUACGCAUUUGCAGUGCUUCUAACAUUCUUUGAAGCCUCGCAUCUUCUCCAAGUUGACUCUACUUUGGGACCGCUGCACCUGUCCCUUAUGAUGAUGACCAAGGAUAUUGUCAGAUUUUUCGCGCUCUUUGCCCUGAAUUUUUGCGCGUUUGCUUUUGCCAUGAGGAAACUGUACUCUCAGUACGUGCAGCUAACUGCAGCACAAGUUGCCAAGAGCCGUAACGCCACUAAUACAUCCCACCUUUUGAAAGGUAGGAAACAGAGACAAUGUACAUCUAAUUCUAAAAUGAUAGCAAAAUAACGCUUCCCCUUAAAACUAGACGCUGAUAGCCCUUUAUCAUGAAGACAAAUCAAAAAAAUGUUUUGAUUUUUAUUGUUUUUUGAAUAUCAACCAAUUAAUUGUUAUUGAUUUUAUUGACUAUUAUUGAUGUUAUUGAUUAUUGAUUUUGAUUAAAUGGUAUCGUCGUGAACAAAGGCAUCGGCCUUGAAAUCCCUGCAACGUUUACGUUUCAUCACAUGAAAGAGUCAAAGAUACUGAAACUAAGAGAACUAUGUAAUGAAUGGCAGGGAAGUUAAAGAGGAUAAAGUUGAUAAACAGGGGCUUAGAACACAGUAUCAUUUUCAUAUAUCAUCGCACCUAGCUGUUGACAGAAACGUUAAAGAUUACUGUACUUUAGUUUUGCUUAAAUUGUGACUGUGUACUGAUAAUACCGCUAAAUUCUAAUUAAAUCGGGAAUAUCGUGGUAUCGGGGUUCUGUUUCAUACAGUUUACUGUAACUUUUGCCGGGACAUACACCGUAUUCACAAAUGGCGGACACGCGGGAAAAAACUGGUGCCUAGUCAUGAAAGCGAGGCGUUGGAGGAUAAACAAAAAUUGCAAAUGAAGACUUUCAGUGAACUUGCAGAGUGUUUAGCACGGAUUCCACCUAAAAUAACUUUGUACGGACUUUUUUUUAAAUACAAUUACGUCUUCUGCUAUUACGUCUUCUUGCUUCUACAAUUACGUCUUCUGCUUUUAAUGUUUAGUAGCGAUUUGCUGUUUGCAAUCAAAAGGGACGCGUAUAUCUUCAAGGAAACAGGAUGAUUUUGUAGGUUUCCGAAGCAUCAGAAGCUCGAAGAGUAGGCGAUGGCUGGAGUAAAGCGGCAAACAUGUUGGCCCAAACCUCACACUGAAACCGAAUAUGAAAGCCAGAUCACUACAAUUCGGUCAAACAGAAAUAUAAACAAAUCUUGGUGGCAAGAAAAAAAGGAAUAAGCGACAGAUAUAUGGCCUACUUCUGCCUACUUGUAACUGUUAACGCAAGAGACGUCUGCCGCUGAACAAAACAGUUCAAGUCGAGAUGGAAAAAAGGAAGACAGGAAAGAAGAGGUGACUGAGGUUUCGAUGAAGUUAUGUUUGGUUUUUGUUUGCCAGGACGUUAUUCUCUGGUCUUUAUCAAUGAAGGACAUCAAUUAGAACUAUUUUUUAGGUAUAAAUGCAGGAGCGAUCGAGAGGAGUACGCUCAAAAUUUCAACUUGUUACUCGGCAGACUCGGUAAGCCGGCCAUAUAUCAUUUCAGCGCAUUGCCAGAAAUUAGGGACAAGAUGGCGGUUGCGCGUGCGCACUAAGGCCACAAUGGCUGCGAAUUCGUAUAAGAAAAUGUAUGGAGAUAAGGAAACUUUUUCAAAUAUAUCGAUUAUGAGCUCACGGGUGUUCGGUGCCCGACUCGAAACAUGUUAAGUGCUGUGUAACCCUCGCAUCUGGGUUAAAAAUAGCUAAUUAGAAGUAGGUUUACUUACUUCCUGACGUGGCCACUUUUAUUCCUUGUUGUACGCUCCAUUUCUCCAUACAUUGUCUUAAAAUCUUGCCGAAGUCAUGCGAAAUACUCGUCGAUUAGAGGAUAAACCCUUCACUGAAGUAAAUUUGCCCGACUCGAUAUCACUUCUGCGAUGAAAGAUGUUUCCUUUUAACAGUCGUUAAAAGGACGAUUUUUGCACUGCAAAAUAUUUCCAAAGGCGCAUUAUUUCCCUCAGUUUUCCAUCUGUAGUCCAGUAAUGGACGCCAUGGUUGCGAAUGACACAUUUCGGUCGGACACAGCUUCACAACUCCAAACCCCACAGAAUCGCCAUUUUGUUUGUUGCUACAACUCCAGAGAUGCUUCACGGGAUAUAAACUAGGUUCCAGGCAUUCAAAAAUCCUCCAUUAGCCUAUCAGGCUUGGUUUUAAAACAAAAUUGUCACGAAAAUGUCACGAAAGGUACAUCCGCGUACUGUUUUGUUGCUAUCAGCCGCUCGGCCGCGUAUAAACCUAACAUUUUCUUGCAAGGUGUUUAAUUCCAGCUUUUUUCUUCGUAAAACAGAUCCACAGAGCUCAAAUUAUUUAAAAAAUCGCAAGGGAUACGCUUUCCCUGACUACGAUAGUUUUUGUCCGCCAUUUUAAAAAUGAGAUUCCGCUGACAAUUGAUCACGGGCGCGAAAUGUCCACGAUUUCUGGCAAUGGAGUAAUUUCGUAUUUCUUACCUUUGGCUGUUAAGAGUUUUAACUUUAUGUUCCAUAAUAUUUUAAAGUUGGAGAAUACAUAAAUAAAUAAAAUGAUUGUCUUCUUAAACGGAUCCAGACUCGAAACCGAAGCUUACCGUGUGCAGUCCUGACAAAAACAUUGCCUUGAAAUUUUAACCUAGUAAAAUGUAAGCUUUAUACCACUUUUUUUACCAAGAGCUCUCUGAGAUAAUGCCCUAAAAGAGACCAGGCAAAUAGCAAGCCAUAAGAUUCACACACUACAGCUUCUAAUUUUGAUAAAAUAAUUUUUAAUUAUUUCGCAAUGACAAAGAAAUCAUGAGAUUUUUGCUAAGCUCUGCCAACGUACCCAUAACAAUUCACUCCAAAGCGACGGAAUUAAUUUGAUCCAAUACAGAAUUGUAGUGAUAUGGCUUUCAUAUUCGGUUACAGUGAGAGGUUUGGGCCAACAUGUUUGCCGCUUUUCUCCAGCCAUCGCCUACUCUUCGAGCUUCUGAUGCUUCGGAAACCUACAAAAUCAUCCUGUUUCCUUUAAGAUAUACGCGCCCCUUUUGAUUGCAAACAGCAAAUCGUUACUAAACAUUAAAAGCAGAAGACAUUCCACGUAAUUGUAUUUAAAAAGAAGUCCGUACAAAGUUAUUUUAGGUGGAAUCCGUGCUAAACACUCUGCAAGUUCACUGAAAGUCUUCAUUUGCAAUUUUUGUUUAUCCUCCAACGCCUCGCUUUCAUGACUAGGCACCAGUUUUUUCCCGCGUGUCCGCCAUUUGUGAAUACGGUGUAAAGAAUAUUCACAGUUAUUAAACUAGAACAUCGUUUUAUCGAGGAUCGUUAAAUUGCGGUUGCACUAAGUGUAUAUGUGAGCCGAACAGAUAGCUAGUACGUAUUCUUUUAACAGAAUCGAGAGAACCGUGGAGACAUUGUUUUGGGCAUUGUUCGGACAUGUCGAAUUUUCUGCUUUUGAAACGGACGAGAACUCAAAGAUUACCAUGGUUACAGGACAGAUUUUGUUCGCAGUAUACAGCCUCGCUUCCAUACUGGUUGUACUAAACCUACUGAUCGCUAUGCUCAAUAACUCAUUCAAGAAGGUUGAUGCACGUGCAAUGUUG